AUGUAUGGGAUAACAGAUGAAGCAGCAGCAAAUGAUGAGCCACCUCUAACUAUGGACAGCAAAGAUGAAGAGGAUCCAUACGAUGAUAUCAUUCAUUCUGAUGAUUAUGAAGUUUUAUUCGGUGUUGAAGAUGGUGAACAGUUUGUGUGCUUCGAUGCCAAAAUCAACUUUGAUGACAAUGCAGAAUUCAGACAGAAGGAAAUCUUUUCUCAGAAUGAUACAUCAGAAAGUGAUCCCCUGGAAUGUGAAGCAGCAAAGUAUGACCUCAAGUACAUCGGUAUGGACGGAAAUAUUGCUUGCUUUGUUAAUGGAGCUGGCCUUGCAAUGGCUACCUGUGAUAUCAUUGAACUUCAUGGAGGAAAACCAGCAAACUUCCUUGAUCUGGGUGGUGGUGUACAAGAGAAUCAGGUGUACCAAGCCUUUAAACUACUAACUGCAGAUCCCAAGGUUGAAGCAAUCCUUGUCAACAUUUUUGGUGGAAUAGUCAACUGUGCAAUAAUAGCACAUGGCAUAACCAAGGCAUGCCGUGAACUUAAACUGAAAGUGCCAUUGGUUGUAAGACUUGAAGGAACCAAUGUUAAUGAAGCCAAGCGCAUCUUGGAUGAGAGUGGACUGCCAAUCACUUCUGCCAGCAAUCUGGAAGAUGCAGCUCAGAAGGCAGUUGCCAGCAUGGUCCCAAAAUAACAGAAUGAAGGACAUUACACAUUAAUGAUCAUUCUUUAUACUGUAUCCCCCAAUCACAUGUUUCCACUAAUUUUAGAAUGAUAAAUUUUCUAUUUGUAUCUCACACAAUGAUUGAACGAACAUAAAUAAUUUUCAAUACAUUCAAACAAUCUUCAGGGAUGGAUUUAUAGAAAAGUUUGUACAUGACACAUUUUUACAAAAUUGUGGAAUUAUUUGCUUACUCCAGAAAGCCCUUGCAUGCUAAUAUCAUUGCUUAAUGUGAAAUUUUUGUGAAAAACUAAGUGUUUUUUUUAAGAAUUUUGAAGCUUGAAUAUUCUAAUGGUACAAAAUGUUUUUUGAACAUCUUUGUAACCUUCAUUUACUGCAAGAAGGAGCUUAGCCUUUGCCUUAAUCUUCAAAUUGAUUAAAACAGCACCAUUGCUUGUCCAGCCACAGACCUAAUCACAUUGGUGCUGUCUUAAAAGCCUUAAUCUUCAAUAUUGCUAAGGAAGUCAACUUGCAGCCAGCUUAGUCUGGGCAUGCAUAGAAUGUAGCAGGUGAAUAUAUUAAUUAUUCUCGUGGAUAAAUAAUCUUUCUUAACUCAGAUUUUUAAUAAUUCCUCUUCUGUUUCAACAAUUAUUUUCUUUUUAUAAAACUGAUUUUUAUCAUGCUAGAACAUGACUGCCCAAACAUGUUUGUUUCAUUCUUCUAUGGCCUUUUUCAUGUUUACAGUUCUUUAAACAAUUGUGAAACCAAGUAUAUCAGUGCAAGCAAGUUAAUAUAAAUUGUUCCUGUGGCUACCUUUUGUAGCAUCAGAUGUCUUCCGAAUAUGAAUAAAAUAUUUCAAUGAUA